UUUUGUACCCGGUGGUUCGUGGAUUUAGCAGCAGCGUGGUUCGUCGCAUGUAACGUGAAAUCGGUCGCAUCCUGCAUCCUUUCGGCGUGCGUGCAUUUAGCUAUUUAUAUUCCUGCUGGCGAGUAGCCUGUGAGUAUUGGUAACCGUCAGGACUCGGUUUCGCUGUGUAUGUAUGCAAUUGUCGCGCUUAUAUGCACACGCCAUACACGCCGAGAUUGUAUAUUUCCAACUAGGGGGAACAAUCCGUGGCUAGCAUCGGCCGUCGUUUCAAUUGCUGUAAAGUUCAUGUGGAAGCUAGACGCGAAAUUUCGCGAGUACCGCUAUCGCGUUGUUUUUUAUCCAAAUAUUGCCAGUGCUUGAGGCAGUAAUCGAAAGUGCGUGACUGUGACUUGCUCUGUGAAGGGAUUAGUGAAAGAUUUGCCUACGUUUGGCUCAGCCGGAAACUCUGUUGCGGAAUAGAGCUUCUUAUUCCUGCGGAUCGUGAAUGCAUUAGAGUGGCUGCCCACGGGAUCGAGUGUGUGUGGAAAGUGGCAAGACAGUGCCUGUGAGCCAAAGAGAGCAUAAAGUUCUCGCUGCAAAAGGGGGAAAAGUAAACAAAACGCAACAGCGGCGGAUUCAAAAGCAGCAGCCAAGUACAAACGGGAAAGGCCAGAAAAUGGUACAGGCACUCGAUGAGUAUGAUAUACAGCCGGAUCUUCCACAGGCUUUGCGGCUGUUGGACGAGAUGAACAACAAUUUCAAACAGGUUUCCGAUCAUGUCGGCAAUAUGCUGCAGCGCGUCAAGACGGGUGAGCUGUCCACAGAGUAUGGUCUCAACUUUCUAGAAAUCAAGUACCACAUGCUGCUCAACUAUCUGAUUAACCUGACGUACGUUGUCCUGCGGAAGUGUUCUGGUCACAAAAUCGAAAAAGACCCCUCCAUUGAUCGAUUAAUCGAAAUACGCACCGUGCUGGAGAAAAUUCGGCCUAUCGACUAUAAACUGCGCUAUCAGAUCGACAAACUGGUCAAAACGGCUGUAACCGGUGUCAGCUCGGCAAAUGAUCCAACUUCGUUCAAGGCAAAUCCCGCCAACUUGGUAUCGCAGGUGCCGGAAACGGCCGACGGUGAGGAGGCUUCCGGUGACGAAUCGGAUGAUUCGGCUAAGGUGCUGAGUAAACUUCGAAAGGCAAAGGCAGCCAAAACCGGUAUCAGUACCGCGACGGAACCCAGCAGCAGGGAUGUGUAUGUGCCACCAAAGCACAUAGCUGUACCAUACGAAGAUGAAUCGAAAGCGGAACGGGAACGGAAACAGAUGGCGCGAGCACGAAAGCGUGCGCUCGGGUCUUCGCUGAUACAGGAACUUAAGGACGAAUAUUUGGACACGCCAUUGGAGGUUUCAUCGAGCUCGAGAGCUCUGCGGGUGUUGUCCCGCAAAGAACGCGAACGGGAAGAGUACGAGGAGAAGUAUCUAACUCGUCUGCCUAUGACCAAGGCGGAAAAGCAUCGCAGUCGGAAAUUGACUACGUUGGGCACACUGGGUGACGAAGUAACCAGCUUCGGUGAUAUCAGUGCUCUGGACGGUGAUCUUCCAUCGGCAUCAACGGCGGGCGGUAAAAAGCGCAAAGCUUCCAAGGGUAACAAAAAGCACGGUAAGAAGCGACGUUUCCGUUAGAGACAGCGCGAUAAAGCUUCGCAAACAGCCAAUUUUUUUCCGGCGAUAGUAAUUUCAUUUUGCUAUAAAAAAUUAUAAUACAACUAUGAAGCAUUUGUUUUCGAUAUUUUUUUGGUGUUGGUUGUUUCUUUUUUUUUUGAAUAUUUAAAUUUAAUUUUCUCUUUCCAAACUAAAUGUUUAUUUUUUGAAUCUGUCAGUUUUUGUUGUGUUUAAAAUUUUCUAAUCGAUGGUUAUCAUAGACACUAAUUUAGAAGAGUAUGUGUUACGGUGGAUUUACCGUUGCGCAUUGAAGAAAUAAAAUAAAUAAGAUGAUGAUAAGAAUUAACUUACAACAAGUUACUGUUGCUGAAAUAUGAAAUAUUGAUUUAUGAUACAAAGAUAAACACUCACCAAGAGCCUUUAUGAUAUAUUUAUACGAGAAUAUUUUCAUGUUUCUUCCGAAUAAUAACAAAAGCUGGAACCAAUAGCAGGGGUAUCUUUGCAGCAGUUGAAAGCCAUUCUCACUACAAAUUUACACAGAGAUAUAUAAGAAAUGUAUAACAGACUAGCUAUUAAGCAGAAAAACAAUAGCUACAAAUGUAUCAAGCAGUAUCACAGGAAAUAGUUAUUCAUGUGUGCAAGAAUUCGGCUGCAGGCGGUGCCGGAAACAGUUGUUGCCUUUUAUAAAUAGUGAAUUUAAUAUUGAUACUUUUAUUUCUUAAAUAGCAAAACAAUAAACAAACAAUUCAGUUGACCAGUUUUGUGUUACACAUAAAGAACACAACAAAUAUUAACGAAUAACCUCAAACAAAUAUGAGAGUGGUAGCUGCUGCUGCAGAGAUUCUCUUCCCGGUGGGUUGGUUCAGCGAACACACUCACAUUCAUAUGAGGAGCAGAAUUAUUUUGUACACAAAGUUGUAUUGCAAAGCAGUUUAUAAUCAAAAGAAGAACAAAAGAACAGAAGAAACAGAAACCAUUUUUACGACAAGCAAAUACACACUACUUUAUCAUUAUUCCUAUCAGAGUUACUAAGCAAAAGUUACAACAAAUAUAAAAAGGAACUACACGUCCAAAUUGCAGUUAGGAGAAAACAAAACAAGCAAAUAAUUAAACUCAUCGGGGUGCGAGAAAGGCGGUAUCAUUUGCAGAGGGAUAAAGUUCAACGGGGGUUGCAGUGUAACGCACCGUACCUACUGCAGUUUUUUUGUACCUAGAUAUAAAUGAAAACAGACCCUAUAACAAUAUAUUAUUGCUGCAGUUGAAGUUUCGAAAAUUGAUUUGUGUAGUCUUAUAAUUUUUGAUUGGUUACAAUUAAGUUUAUGUUUUAAUAAAUGAUUUUCAGUUAACAUACUAUCAUUGUUCCGUUUGCUCCCGUUACGUUUUAUGAUAAUAUCAUUUGUCUUGUUUUGAGUUGACCGUCAGCUUUUCGAUUUAUUCUUAUUAUUACUAUUAUUUGCUUAGUUAUGCAUAAACGGGUAUGAAUAAUAAUUGACGGCCACAAUCCAUGGUGUGAUGGUUGAUUUAAUUUAGAUUGGAACGUUAUCUGCGGAUACAACUUUUUCUCCAAAAUCAUGUAAUUUUUCAGUCAUAAUCAGAUGACUGCAAUAAAGUUAAAAUAAAUUCAUGAUUGAAAUAUAUUCAAAGCGUGCAUUAAUUGGGUUUGUUCUGAAGUUUGAGUAUUUUACAAGAAAAUAAAAUACCACGCGACUCCAUUACUGCACAUCACAAUGGAGGCGCUUGGUUACCGUUCAACAUUUUUUAUAAAUUCAAUGUUACCAAAUUUCAUUUCGUUGCAAAUUUCCCACUGAUUUAAUUCUAAAACCUUUGAAUUUGAAUUACGCGUUGGCUUGCUUCUAGUAGUUAAAAAACUUCAAUAUACUCUUUGAAUAAGAACAUUUGAAAGUUUAUUUUUUUGCGCUAUAUUUUGUCGGUUUUACAUAAUAACAAAAUUACCAGGUGCUAUAUCUUCAACAUGACAAUUGGCAAUUUCAAUUGACACCGUCAGCUGCAGCUAUACACGCUCAAUAACCAGUAUCACCGGCAAUUGCAGAUUGUUGUCGUUUUACAUUGCCAUUUAGCAAACGGUAACCAAGAAUAAAUGAAUGUACUCACCAAUUUACGAUUACUACACGUAUAUCGAGCGCAGUUUGCAUUUGAAGGCUAAUUAAUGAGAAUUUUCCGUAACCAUGCCCUGCCGUUUGGUUUGCAUGGUAAUCCUGUCGUAAUCGCCCUGGCCAAACUGUUGAAUUAAAACCAAAUUAAAUGAUAUUAUCGUUCGUCACCUGUUUCGAUAGGGUUUCAUUUGGGUUACAGAAGCAUACAUUGCAUUGUGGAGCACAUAAAACAUGGUUGCUCUCGAGAAUUACCGAACAUGUCAGGAAAAUCAGAUUGCUCCGAGAGCACCCAACAGAUUAUUGCAGUUCAAUCCGGUGCAAUUACCAUCACACCAUGGAACGUUUUUAUGCUGUCACCCCUUUUUAUUCCCUCACCCUAAACCCAUUGACGACUAGAUUAUUUCCUGUGAUUAACUUUAAUCGCAAAUCAUGAUCAAAUUAUUUAAAGCGGACUGACCGCACAUUUACGAGCGACUACUUUUUAAUUGCCACACAAAGCCGUACGGAUUAAAAGCGUUGGAAAGUAUAGAUACACAUUAUUACGGUUAUAUUACGGGCGAAAUCGCACUUCGGAGCAAUAAAUAAUAUUUUAUUAUGUGAUUGUAUUAGGGUAAUUUGUCAGAUUAAGGAAGCGACCAAUUUGCAAAUUUAGGGUAAUAGUUUAAGUGUACCAUUUUUUGCCUCUAAGUUUUUGAGAUCCAAAAUUCGAGCAAUCAUUUCGCUGCAGGUUAUUUUACAAUUUGCAAUGGUUUCAACUCAUUAAGUAACUAAUAGGCAGGCGGCAGGAUAAAGGGUAGAAUACAAUCCAGAAGAAAGAAAACGAAACAAAAACCUUUAGAUUUGUUGAGAAUAUCUCAAAACAAUCCUAUAUUUAGUUAGUUUAGGACUUCGUUCGGUUAGGAAAAUAAAUUGAAUUACAUUUUCGGAAAUUAUGAAUGUUAGGUAUGCAUUGAGAACCGGUGGAUCUAUGAUGAAAUUUUUCGAAAACGCUGGGAUACGUAUUGAGUGGAGUUAUGAAGUACAAAGCAGCUUCGGAAAUAUAGCUAAGCUCUUUUUUGUGUAAAGGUGAUUGUGAGGUGGGUUAAUAAUUCGGUAUUUUAAAAGCGCCUCAGUGUUUAAGUUUUACACAUUUGCAUUUUAAAAACAUCGAGUGUUAAUUUAAUUUGGGUACUUUUGAAAAUUGUGCUUUAGUUCGUAUGGACUAUAAUUUAAAAUCGUUAGUAAGUGUACAAAAUUGUCAAUUUAGUAAUAAGUAAGCAGGAACAAGUAAAAAAAACGGGGAAAUCAAGACGAUACGAGGAUUGAUAUUAACGAGAGCAACUCCUGGAACUUGUGUUAAUAGUAACAAUCAUUUUGUUAUGCUUUACGCACAAUUUUUGCGCGAAUUGAAAGAAAGCAAUAAUUGAUUAAGACUCAAACUUUUGCGUACAGACAUUAAGAUAUUUAUACGACAAAACUUGAGAAAUAGUUUUACCCGUUACAUAAAGUUGGAGCUUAUGUGACUCAUGCUAUCUACAAAAAUCUACUUUUUAGCAUUUUGGGCAGGGUAGCUAUUACAACGAAGGGGUUUGCGAAUGAGCUCUGGGAUAGACCCAUGUAAUUAGAUCAAAUUGCUGGCAAAUCGUCAUUAAUAAAAAACACGUAUCGGGUAAUAUUAAAAAUUUGUAUAAAAAAAUGUUCAAAAUACUUGGCAUUUCAUCCAUACAAAACAGCGGCUGAAGCGCAUCAAGAGGUAAUUAAAGUUCACGAAAAUGCUGUUCUAAGCGAGACACUGUGCCGUGAUUGGUUCCGCCGCUAAAAAACGGUAUUUUUGAUGUUGAGGACUGUUCGCGUGAAAAGAGAUCAAAAACCUUCGAAAACGCACAAUCGGAGGCAUUGCUUAACGAGGACUCAUGCCAAACUCAGGAACAGCUCGCUUCGGUUUUAAGAUUUACACUCCAACUCAUUUCCAAGCGAGUGCAUGGUCUUUCAAAAUAAAAAACAUCUUCAUUUAACCUAGUUUUAUAAAUCCUUGCUGGGUGCUGUGGAUUGUGUGAGCAAUUGCUAACCAUAAUCAAUGUAUGUGUGUAUGAGAAGGUCAGGGCAGGCUUGUAAAUGGUCACGGUAGAACCACUUUUCACUGCGAUAAUUGUCUUUUUUCCUCUGAUGGUUGCAGGGCUCGCUGUCUAAAUAGUAUCUUGAAUAAACAUGUCAAACGAGCACUCGUUACAACGACGCUUUUUUCCCCAAACGUAUUUUGAUAUUUUUUCUAGAAAUGAGAAUUACGCACGUUGUGUGUGGAGAUUUUGGAAAUUAUUUAUAUCAUUGAUAUUGUGAUAAUAUUUCUCAAUAUAAAUAGCAGAACUGUUCCAUUAUUCAUCUCAGCCCAUAUAUUCGUCUAACACAACAUGAAAACACAAUUGAAAACAGGAAAAAACGCUUAUUUUUAACUAAACCAAUCUACUGAUCCAUGGAAUAGAUUCUUCUAGUUCACUUUAGAUUUCUCAUAAAGUAAAAUCCCCAAAAACUCUUUCAAAAGCUCUAAAUUUGAGAUUAUAGUCGAGCAUCUGCACUCGAAAAUUCAUUUAUUUCAAUUACCUACCUCAGAAAACAAAAUCCGCGCUUUGCUCUAAACGGCUACAACGGGACUCGUUCAGCAGCCAACCAAAGUUUUUUUUCAUCACUAGCAGACCACUUUUUAUUUUAAUCACUAAACAAAAUCACUCACUACACUAAGAAUACUUUAAUCUUUGAAAUGUUCACCUCAAAUUUCCUAAAACAAGCUUGAAUUAGCAGAAAUAUAUGAGAUGAAUUUUUACAAUUCCCAAAUUUCAACUGUAUGUAUUUUCAUCUGUUUUCACUGCGUUGAAGAAAAUCAAAAGUUACCGAAUCAGUUUCUGUUUAUACGAACAAAUCAUACUGAAAAUGUUGAAUUAUUCCGACAUAAUCGACAUAAAUCUGCAGCACUGUAGUGGUUACCUAGGUUACCAAUUUUGCACGUAACAACUACAGCGGAUAUCUAGGUAACCUACUACGACGGGCUGCGGCUAGGUUCAUUCAUGAUAAUGUGAUUCAUUCAUGAUUAACAGUGUGAUGAAUAUGGGGGCGUCGUCAGAUGAAUUAUUGAGCAGUGAUUCAAGUUUUGAGAUGGAUAUGGAAGCGUUGUACGUAGCGCUAGCCCCGCAAUUGUCCUGUACACUUAAAGGUUGGCUGUGAAGUCUGUGUAUAGUAAACAGAAGGUCAAGUUCCGAAUCGGAAUGUAGCACCAAGGCUUUGCUUUUUAUGGAAGCGUUGUGAAAAAUGGUUUGUUUAACCAAAUUCAGGAUAAAUCUAGCUAAGUUUACUAAAUAUACAAUGCUGGGCGACUCCAUAAGAGCACGUAGGCGUAUUUUGUUUGUUUGUUCAAUGAUUUCGUGAAAAUUUGGUGUUUAAUCCGUGCAUUCUUCGUGAAUAUCGGCUUAAUGAGAUGAAUAAUGGAACAAUUACUCUAGAACGAAGUAGACAGAAACAGGCCAAAAUAACAUCGCCAAACGAAUGACAGUGUGCUUCUCUUCGAAGCGCGAGUAUCGAAUGACCAUUCUGUUCUUUGUUUGAGAGGCGACGGUUGUUUUACAUUUAAGAUCGGAAGCCUACUGUGACGCAUGCUAAGGAAGCGAAAUCAAAUAAAAAUGCUGACCAUUUACAAGCCUCGGUCAGUGUAUAUUUAAACUGAUGGGUAUAAGAAUGGUAAUCUACGGUAAAUAACAAGUUGAACGUUGCCGAUGUUGCUUGGUGUUCAAAAUAAAAAAUCAUUUCUUAUAUUCCACUGUCUCAUUAAUACAGUUUACUCCACAUUCACGUCAUUCCACAUCUUAUAUUAGGCGCGUAACUAUGUUAUCGCUGUUUUUUUUUUUAAUAAAAAUAAAACUUUACUAUGAAAAAAUAGUUAUAUAUAGCUACAAAUUCGUCCCAUCUUUCUGGCAGAACUCGAAUGUCGUUACGAUAAAAGUGUUCGCCUUUUGAGACUUUUCAUGAGCAAAACUGCUGAUCAGCCAGACAAUGUGCCAUCGAACGAAAAACGUAAUAACCGGAGGUUCGAAUUCUCAUUCGAACAUUUCUAUGUAAGUCUUAACGACCUUCACAGUAUGAGACCGAGCGUUGUCAUGCAGUACAAUCGCUGUAUUGUGUUCCUACUCAUAUUGUGGCGUAGUACUCGGCUAAUCCCAAUAAUUCAACAGCUUAUAAUAAAUAAGACCAACCUGGUUCCACCACAUGUUGGAGCAUCUCCGGGCUGUAAGGAAUCCAUUUUCCCUCACCCGUCAAGAUACGAUGAAGAAAACCCUACCUUUUGUCGCUGAAGCAUUUGUUCAUAAGCGAAAAAACAACGCUUAACGUCCCUUGGUUUCAAAUCAUACAACCACCUGGAAAUGGCUUGACGGGUAACUCCUGAUACCAAAGCAAGCUGUUCCUGCGUUUGGCAUGGAUCCUUAUUACUCUAGUUUUAGUGUUUUUGAAGAUAUUCGGUCUUCUUUCACGCGGACAGUUGUCAAAAUUAAAAUUAUGUUUCACUGAGAGCAGCAUUUCCGUACUCUAUUUUCAACUCUCGAUGCGCUUUAGCUGCAGUUUUCUUUGAAUGAAAUAAGAAAGUCACACUUUUCGCAAAUGAUGAUUUUGAGGCAUAAAACCCUACAUUUUCACACAAUAUAAAGUGCAUGACACCGCCAAAAACUAUGUCGAUGAUUAUAUCGACGUCAAAUCUGAUGUGUCUUUGGUCUUUUAAACUGGGUUCAUCAGAGACAUGCCAGUUUCCAACUUUCUCCGUUAUCGAGUCGCUACAUAGAGUGAGAUCUAAUACUUCGUGUUUGAAUGUUGGCUCGUUCCCUACAUUCCAUAUAUUAACAUAAGUAAGGUUUUCAAACAGGUACUCACCUCGUGUGUUGAUAUCCGAGCUGCCCCAGACUGUGUGGUGCGCGUUGGCAUCGCAUCCAACGAUGAGUGGCUUGUUGAUGCUUCGGCAGUACCCCACAAGCGCUGUGGCUUCGGAUGGCGAUAUGUCGUCCACGUCCCCCGGGAAGUAAGCGGAGGCAACGACCAUCUCUUGGGCGCCGUUAGUCGUUGGGAUUCGACUGCAAUAGAUCAACUUACCUUUUGCGUUGGUUAAGCCAAGGUUAAGCCAUGGGUCGUGGACCCAUGGUUCCCGGAUGAGCGCUACGGAUAGCUGAUCCUUGAAGAAUUUCCUGCAAAGAACGGCGAAUCCCCUGAACGCAGCGUAUGCUGCUCACGAAGUUCACGAUGCGUCCUUCAUCGGAUCUAGUUGAGUUCCGAUUGGCGGACGGUUGCAUCACCGGUGAUGCUGGGUUGGGUUGACUGCGUAACCUAAGCAACAGGCUCCCGUUGCAGCAGACGGUAGGCGACAGAAGUGCGACUCUCACGUUUAGGCGGCGGUAUGCGGCUUCCCAAGCAGCAAAAUUUGUUUCGCUCAUGAACUUUGUGCAUCACAGCAACAAAUUCUUAUGCGAAAUUAAGUUGCAGUUACAUCUCAUUUUUUUAUACAAUGACAAAAAAAGCGCAGGAGGUGGAGCCAAUUGCAACAUUUUCGUUGUUUCAACACAAGUUUCAAGAAUGAAACCGCAACGUGUAUGAACUAAUGCAUGGAAUUUGAUAACAACAUGGUAAAUGCUGCAUGGUAAAAUUUCAGCUACGAAGAUGCAUCGUAGCAGCAACUAGGGCGCAAUAGAAACUUCAUGGCGUUGUGGUAAGAUUGUAAAAUGGCCAAUGGUCAGAAUGGAAAGAGGUUGUCUGUAUAGCGAUUUAUCUUUGAUGAUUUCCAGAAACUUGGGGAUUCAACUCCAGUUAUCAAUUUCUGUUUACUUUUCUCGUUUGUACUGUUUACGUCAUUUGCUGUAGAAACACUUGCAAGUUCAUGACUCAGUUCUAAAUAUUGCUUCCCUUAUCAUGCUAAUGGACCGUACCAGUUUUAAUUUUGCUUCUUCAAUUCAUCAGUACCUCAGCGUGAUAAUGAAAUUCAAAGUAAUUUAUCACAUUUCGUUUUAGAGACCCACACUUUUUGAACGACUUCUAGUCCAAGUACCCAAAAGUUACAACGCAGUAAAUAACCUCAUCUCAAAAACAAAUAUAAGGCAAACAAUCAAAAGUUGCUGUUACAUGGCUUCAGAACAUGACAGCAACUUUUAGAAGUAUUUUUGUGUGUUUGUUUUUUGUAUCUCGCAAGCAUCACGUUGGCAACCCAUAUGCUCCACCCACUAGAUCUAUUCAGUGAAGGUUAGGUUUUCAAAUGCCGUUUACACGUUUCAACAACAAAUCCAACCUUGCGAAUUACGUUGUUGGUGUGAAGAUUUUUGAAGCAGCGAUGCAACUUUAGUUGUUGCUUGUUUCUUUAAAAUUUCAUCGUAGUAAUAAAAAAUGUUUCUUAAAACCUCGGAAUUUCAUUAGUGCAACUAAUGAUCACAAUUUAUAUUUUUGUUAUGUUUCAAUUGUUGCUUGGGUUUGAGAGUCACGACUGGUCAGAUGCUUACGCUUACCCCUCUUUCGAGUUUUCGGCGACGUGCAUCGUGCAGGUGGUAGCGGUGUACGCCCUGAGGGAGUUUUCCGACGUACCUUUCCUGUCUUAGCACCAGAGCCUUUCGGGCCUGUGUUAGAGACUUUCUGUCAACCUGGCGCAUGCGUGCUUUGCCGUACUUGUAGUUCAGCAGAAACCUCUGUGCCGCUAUUAAGUUAGCAGACUGUUGAUCUAGCUCCACCAUCAGUUCAACAGUCUUUCCAGUGAAGUUGCGAUGACAUACCCGCCAUGCGCGUGUGGAGAAACCGUCGUUUUGUGUUGGAGUAGACGGAGAAUUCUCUCAUUUGUGGUAUCCACUGUCAUAGGGUACUAGUAAUCUUAGGGUCUUUGGCAGGUCCUUCGUGCGCAAGACAUGACACUCCCUCGGUUCGAGAGAAGACGCCAUAGUCUCCACCCACCUAACGGUGUCGUUGUAGGAUUCCGUUUUUUAGACGGUAGCACCUAAACUUGGGCCUGAUGGCAGGUGAUUCAUGGUCCGCAAUGCAGUCCAGGAUGGCGUCGCGAACAGUUUCAGGGGUAAGUUGGGAGGCUGGGUAGUCGUUUGAUGUGUUUGACAUGCUUGUGACCUCCAGCAUCUUCCUAUACGUUAUCCCUGUCGUUUGUCGCGGUGCAGGGGAUUUCGGGCAUGCCAAGUCCCGGAGCUUUUCACUGCUCGAUUCGUCUGGUCGACUGGUUGACGUACUAAGUUUGCGGCCUCCCCGCGUGAGUGGCCUUGGCUUUGCGGUUUUUUCUGAACUGUGGUCUUCUGAACCAAAGUUUAGCUUAUCUUAGCUUGACUGACUGCACAUAUCAAUCGAUGCACUCCGUGAUUGAUCCGAAUCAGUAAAAUUGCACAAUGAAUCAACUGAAUGGGGUUGGGAGGAUCAGUAACGACGCCGGCCACGUCCUUGCAAUCAGGUGGGAAGAGGGAAGGGAUGUUAGUGUAACCGUUUCUAUUUGGAGACCGUGUUAACCUCUGCAUCUCCACAAAGGUCACAGGAAGGAGGCUUUUGUUAGUAGGGAAGGGCUCGUUGGAUCAGGAUUCACUUUGAUAAAUGAUGCGAUCAUACAUAUAACUCCUACGAGUCUCUAUUUAGCUAUUUUUGAUUUAUUCUUCAUUCAGCCGGCUGACUGGGGAAGCAGUAUUAGGUUACUUAUAUUGGUUUUUUUUCCUGUAUGGGCUUCCUCACUGCGACCAGAAUCGUAGAUCUAUUGUGAGAUAUGCCCGGGUGUCUGCUGUAUCCCGCACUUCUGUUAAUAGCAAUACCUCUAUUGAGAAGUGGUAUGCUUAUUAUUAUUGUUCAUCAGUGCUUGUGUGUAAUGUGCUACUCUUCCUUACACGCUUACUGUUCUACUAUACCGAUACUCGUUCUUCUUGCCAAAUAUCACCAAUUAUAAUUCCCUGGAGAAGUUUCGUCGUGCGUCCUUCUGGCCAGUUUUAUUGAUAAGAGGGACUUAUUUUUUGUUAAGAGGAAGUCACGCAGAGGUAUUUGUAGAUUUCAGCGUAAAGGAAGGGUAACUGGUGGGGAGCCUGAGAAUAAACCCAUGCUUAAGUCCUUUUUGACAUCGGAUGGCCUGGUACUACUAAGAUUCGAACCCACGACCAUCCGCUUGACAAAGCGGACUCUGUAACCUUGCGGCUACGCAGCUCCCCUACUUAUAUUUGUUACUGGUUUAGACCAAGAGACAUUAUCAAUGUCUUUGGGGCCGCGCACAGGUGUGCAUGGUGUAUUUCAAUAGAGCACAAAAUUUCUAAAAUUUACUGAUUUGAAACCGAUUUACACAGUAUCAUGCUAUUGGAGUUAGGCACAUUAUAUCACACGAUGCGGAUCUGAUUUAAACCAAUAAACCAUUAGAAGGCUCUUGGGAACACACACAAAUGUGCGAAAUUUACUUGAAUGGAAUACAAUAGUUUUUAUUCUCAUAUUUGGAAGCGAGUUAAGCCAACACAUAAGAAGAAUUUGGUUUGUAUAGUAGGUAAAUAUUAAAAUGCAUGAUUUUUUCGGUUUUAGACUGCUUUAUUCCAACAGUAAAGAUAGCAGGAGCUAGGCACACAUGUGAUUCCACGGCAUGCCAUAUUCGGCAUAUUUUGGGCAUAAACUAUAACACGCUCUUGAGCUUGAAUUUGACAAAUGCACUCCGAUUUGCAACACGCCAAAAUAAAAACAACGGGUGAGCAAUCUCAGGCUUAACGGUCAGACCGAGACCGAGUUUAUUUGUGAAUCACUACGAAUGCGAUGAAAACAGAGCGUUGUUAUCAUGUCUCCAUGGUAAUUGACGGAAUUGAACGAUGUUGCGCGCGAAGCUAGCUCGUUACAAAAGCGAACGAACGAUUCAAACACCGCGAUCGUCUGCGAAUGAUGCGUGCAAAAAUCAUAUGCCACCUGAAGCAUCUAAGUAUCUAUAUCAAUUUCUAUUAGUAAUCCCGAAUACCUUCCGGUAGUAAACUGGCCAUUAUUUGAUUGGUUUGUUAUUUUUUAAACAAAUGUAAAUUGUUUUUGAGAGCAAUUUGCAUCGUAUCAUUUGAACUCAUUUACCCUAUUCACAAUUCUUAAUUAUCGGCGUAAGAAUUACCUAUCAAAUAAUAAAAAUGACACAGUUCCAUGCAUUCAAAGCCUCAAUAAUUCAAAAAAUGCCGAUAUGCAAAAUGUCGAACAAGUCUUAGUUCGGAUAAUCGAUCAUAAUUGUGGUCUUCUGAACCAAGGAUUAGUGAUGAAACCGUCCAUCCAGCUUUUCGCUGUUGAGGUUGAAGUCCUGCUCCAGUUCCAUCUCCUCGGUUCUGCUUGUUGCCUGCGGCCUUUUAGGGUUGCACGCCAUGGAGCUUGUUAACUCUACUUGCUCUGGCAGAGUAAGGUUGCCUCGGGGCUCGGGUUUGAAGUUUGUUGUAUGUUUAUAUCAGAAUCCAGUUUGGAUCCAAAGAGUUUGCCCUAAAGAAGAGGGUCCUUUGCGUGUUACGGUAGCCUAGCGCAGAAGGCUAGAAUAUUGUGGAAUGGUGCCAGAUAUUCACAGGCUCCGUUAGCGGCUGGGAAUUUGUUAACGCCCCCAAUAUCAACAUAAUUUUUCUUUUAACGUACAGAUAGAAAAGCCAUACUGGAAUGUAUUUGGCAAUUUUACUGAAACCGGAAGAUUUUCGGAUUUCAAAAUGACGUCUGGCAUUGAUUCCUUCAGUUUUGAAUAUAAUUUAGUUUUCGGAAAUAAUCAUACUGGCUGGUAUGCCAGUAUGAUUGCUUGGCAAUUUUGUAAGUUUCACAGAAACCGAAAGCCUUCAUAUUUGAUAUUAAAAUGACAGCUGGAGCCGGUAUCUAAGUAUCAUCCCAAUUCCGGAAACACUCAUAUAAGAUUAUAAGAUAUUUGAUCGCUUCAGGCUGUUUUACAAGCAGAUUUUUCUAAUAUCGUUGAUCUACGCACACUUGAACAUGCAUGUUGACGAGUAAAAAGUCGUUGUAAAAGUAGAAAUUAGUUUGAUCAAACUCGAACGACAUAAAAAACGCAAUCUGCGUUCCUACCUAGAUGUUCCCCUUAUUUGAUAAAUGCUCGAGUAAAACACUUUAAAAGCACUGCAGUGAACUUUGUUAUGUAGUUUCUGUGCGUAACGUUCUUUCGUGUGAGAAAACUCACCUCAAUUUAUUAUCGCUUAGGGGAGAUAUUUCUGAAUCCACCACAGUGCUUUUCUACAAGCUCUCCGAUUACAUACGAUUUGCUGCUCUCGUCGGGCAAGUGCAUUGAUUUACUCAUCAGUGUAAGAGCAGUAGUUAUGAGAAGUAGCAGUUGUCAUGAGAAUAUCAAUAUCCGGUGAUUCUCUGAGAAGAAACGAUUAUUACCUUUUUUUGGUGUGCUCUUGAGCGACUUGCAGUUGAAGUGCACCCAGGGGCACUGUGAACCCACUUUUAGUUUCAGUUUAAUUACAGUCUUUGAGAAUAUCAUUAUAUUUUAAGAUUUUAUUUCCUAAGCAUUUAUAUUUAGCAUUUAUUAAAUUGUUCACUGUUUUAAUCGAAAAAUUUAAAAAAUGAUUCUCUUAUUGCGAUGAUAAGCAUAUCGUCGAACUCACUCAAUUACUACUCUUCGAGUGUCGAUCGUCCAUCUUGCGUAGAGUGAACGAUUCGUUUCUGUUCGAUGAUGUAUAUCGUACAAACCUUGCACGCAGCAAGACGGAGAAGCAAUUUGUUCAAGUGCUAAAUGGAUUACGCUUUCUCGUGUGAAAUAUUACUUGCGUGUCUAUUGACUCAUUACUGAGUGCUGUUAUGAAUGACUGUUAUUUUUUCUGCUAUGAAUAUGAAAGGAGUAUCACUUACGCUAGUUAUCUCAAGACAGAUUUGCCAUUUCAUGAAUGUGUUUCCUAUUCAUUCCAUAAAACGAUUAUCAAAAGCAUCAUCUUUUGUUUUCAUAUUCAAAUCAAGCUGGUCAAAAGCAAUCGGUUUUUCGAAUUUACUGGUUACAAGCUCAAUAUAUGCAGCAAAUGGAGUCUUUGUAGAUAAUUUCAACCUUGAUUACCAAACCAAAUGUACUUUAUAAUUGGUCAAUUCAAAGGUACUAAUUUUGAUAGGCGACGAUGCUGAUAAAAUUAAUUUUAUAGUAGGAACCGGAAAAAAGGGCGUAAUUGUAUUUCGCUGCUGACAUUUUAUUGCUUCAUCGAUUGUUCAACCUCUAACCAAAAUGCACACACUGAAUACGAACCGACAACCGAGUGCAUCACUAGCUGCGGCUUAAAAAGGAUCCAUCGGGCAUCAAUCGCUAACUUUAAUUUUAAUUACUCGGUAUGCAUGUUUCAUCAUUAUCAUUAUCGUCAGCCGCAUGGAAUUGUGCCAGCCGGACCGGUUCCCAACUAGUGGAGCGAUAAAAUUAGGGUGUUACGAUUAGUGGACAAACGUAAAAACUAUUGCUAAAAAAAUAAAGUUGAAAACAUAUUUUUGCUUGUUUAGUUUCCGCUGGUAAAGCAAAAAAAAAAAAGAAAUCGAAGAAAAUAAUAAUUUGGGCAUAUGUAGUUAGAUACUUUGAACAAAAAAAAAGAGAAGCCAACAGAGUAAAAUUCCAAAUUGUGAAAUUCAGAAGGACCCAAUGAAUUUUUCUCCAAUGGCAGUCCGGUAGGCGAAGCGAUCCUUAUUAUGCACGGUACGCGUAUUAUCUAAUUAACAUGGUAAAAUAUUCAGUGAAAUUUAUGUAUAGUAUGUUUAAUAAUUAAAUUUAUAUCAGAGGAUUCUGACGCUGAUGAGGAGGUUUGUCGAGGAAAGAUAAUGACAACUGCGGAACGAAUGUUAUCUGAAAAGCGGUUAACCAAUCACAACGGCACGGUUCGUUUCGUUUCUAUAUUUUCGCUAAUGAGGUAACACAGCGGAAUUAUUUCCGGCAGCGUUCAAACUGUGGUCUUUUAGCACGGCCACAUGAAAUAGGUCAACAUUUGUUUAUAUAUUUUUUUUUAAACGGCUCUUGUCUAAGUUGAUUUUAUUGAUAAGUCCACAGAUUGUUUUGUUGGUUUUACCGUUCAGUAUUUUGACUGUUUUAUUUUGUUAUGGUAAAUGUUUGAUUUAAUUCUAUCAUAUUUUUUUUUCAACACAUGAACAUGACAAAACUCUUCUAUUAAUUCUGGUAUUAUUCUAUUAGAAGAAUUUGAAUUUGAUAAUUGAAGAAGUUUUCAUCAGAUUACGAUCCUUGUGUAAUAAUAUUUAUCUCACGGUGCCGUUUUUCCCUAUUUUACGAAAGUUAUGUCAAAAUGAAUUGAUUUGCCGCAUUUCAAUACCAUUCAGGAUUUUGCAAUAAACUUAAGCCUAAUGAAUCGAGAAAUCCCGCAAAUCUUACGUUUUGUUAGUCUGGUUUAAUUUGACCAUAAACUCAAAUCGUUGAAAGCAAAUAUUAAAACACAUCGACAUAAAAGAAAAACAUUCAGUUUUCGACUCAACCUUCCUUUUUGGUAACUCUCGUGCUACUAAAAUUGUGAGUUCUUAUCGAAAGGGUUGCAGUCAAUAGAAAACUAUAUUACGGUGUGUUUACCUUUUCGGUGAACAAUGAAUAACAGAUCAAAUUGAACGAAAAUCUAAAGCUAACGUUGGUGGUUUACGUAUUAGUCGACUAAAACGAGGAAAAAUAACCUUUUCCCGAUCGUGAGGUCAGAGGUAAAUAGCUACAAUUAUCAACAACACCCCGGAGCUGAGGUCAACCUUCUAGGUGUCGCAAUGAAAAGUUAUAUUUUUAUACAAGAUGAGGUAAAACUGAGAAAAAAAAUCUUGAAUAAUGAGCGAGAACAGCACAGUGGUAAAACUUAUUAGCAAUUUGGAUAAGUUUCGGACACGAUACAGAAUAACAGGUUUGGUAAACAGUCUUGUAUAAAAAAAAUCAAUUUUGGAACUAGUGUUUAGAUGUAUCCAGCAAAAAAAAUACAAGUACAUAACAUAAUCAAAAUCAAUCUAAAAUUAAAUAGUAUUAGCAAAGAAUACCAGAGUAAAUUUUGGCGUUUUCGUUUGGAGUAGGAAUUUUGGCUGUAGUAAUGUUUGACCAAAUUCAAAAUUUUAUCGAACUUAAAACAAUGUAUAUUACCCACAUAAUUAUCAAGAAAAAAAAUACUAAAGGCAUUCAAAUUCAAAAUUACUUUUAUCACUGUACUAAGCGUGUAGCUUCGAGCAAGUGAAAA